AUCGUGAAAGCGAAUAAAUAAAAAAAAACUGCGCGUACUUUCGCGCAGGUGACGUCAUCCGAGGACAUGUACCGCACCAGCGUUCCCCCGGUUACCGAUCAGCACGAGGCCACGUCUCGCCUGCUCACCGUGUACACGACCAAGGUUGGCGACGUGGUGGUCUACAGACCGGGAGACCGGCAGAUACUGUUCGAGACGGACCUGUCCCGACUGGUGUACACUCCCCGGUUUGUGCAGCUGGUGACGCUUGUACCGACCACGAAACUGUACGGCUUCGGAGAGAGUAGGGGACCACUGGAGCGCAACAUCGUCCAUCCUCACGUUGGGUUUAACCGAGACCUGCGAACGCUGAACGACAGCACGCACUUCUUCCACGGCAGCCACCCGUUCUACAUGGGCUUUGACCGGCUGGGAACGAGUUUCGGCGUCUACUUCCGCACAAGCGCCAUAUUUGAGGUGCUGGGCCACCCGACGCCGGCUCUCACGUUCCGCUCGCUGGGCAACCAGGUGGACGUGUUCGUGUUCGGCGGCCCGUCUCCUGCCGACGUGGUGCGCCAGUACUUGGACGUCGUCGGGAGGCCGGCAAUGCCCCCGUUCUGGGCCAUGGGGCUCCACGCGUCCCUGCCUCGAAUGCCAGCGCGCCCCGACCAGGGCGCUCCCGACGACAGCGACGACGGGGACCCGUUCAGAGCGCUGCUCACCCACUCAAAUUAUCACGUGGACGUCGCCUGGCUUCCAGUGGACGUCACCAAAGACACCUGUGAGCACGCCUGGCACCGCGAAACCAUGAAUCGACGGCCCUGGCAGCGAUUGGUGCACACUCUGGUUCCCACCCUGAGCGAGCGACCUUCGGCAACUUUCGUGUGUCGGUUAGCGUUGGCCGAGGCCAACUACUUGGGCCUCCUUCUCGUCAACCAGAACCAAGAAUUGCUCGAGGACGAAGUCUUGGAAGCUAACAUCACGAGCUACGUAUUGGACUUCGCAUUCCCACGAUACGAUCUAUACCUCAACAAAGUCUUCAGUCAGAUAUACCCGCGAACGCCGUUUGAUGGCCUGUGGCUGGAUCGCAACGAACCGACGUUGGCGACCGUCUCGCCACCUGGCGGAUGUGCGAGGGAUGGUUGGGACGUGAUACCCUACACGCCCAAGACGCUGCUGUCCAGGGGACCCCUGGAUGCUCGGACUCUGUGCAUGUCCCAGCACCUGGUGUCGGGGCCUCACCUGGUGGGGCACAAUGCCGUACCGUAUUUACAGGCGCAGGCAGCCUACAACGUGUUCGCCAAGAUAUCGGGCCAGCGGCCGUUCGUUGUGAGCCGGUCCAGCUACUCGGGCAUUGGCAAGUUCGCGGGUCACGUGAUCCACGGUCUCCGUCCCACGUGGGAAGACCUGCGCCUGAGCAUCCCAAUGUUGCUGUCUGCCAGCUUGCUGGGCAUGCCGCUGAGCGGCGCUGAAGUCUGCGGUGGCGAGGAAUUCAAGAUGGCGUCCAUCGCUGACGAGGAACUGUGCGUCACGUGGUUCUCGCUGGCCGUGUUCUACCCGCUGCUGCGACUGAGCAAAGCCGAGCUGUUCCUGCUGCAUCCGUCACCAUUCUCGAACGCUUUCCUGUCCGAGACGUCGGACAUGCUGGACAUCCGCCUGUCGCUGCGCCCGUACCUGUACUACCUCUUUCACCGAAGUCACGUCGCCGGUGACACCGUCGUGCGACCGCUGUUUGUCGAAUUUCCGAACGACACCGCGACACGGAACAUUAGCGACCAGUUCCUCUGGGGGUCCGCCCUGAUGAUAAUUCCUUUCCUCGUACCGAACGAGCACGUUCGGCGCGCCCACAUUCCCGAGGGCGUUUGGUACAACUUCGAAAGCGGCGCCGGCGCAGCGUCGUUGCCGCUGAUCUCGGAGCGUGGCGGAGGCAGCCAGACGCUACUGCGACGCGGGAAUCGCCGUGUGUUGCUGCUGCUUCGAGGAGGACACGUUCUUCCCGUGUCUGCCACACCACCUGCCGCCAUGCGCGACGGUCGGAGCACGGAGUAUUCGCUGCGCGUCGCCUUGGACGAGCAAUAUCGGGCCGAGGGAAGUCUCUACUGCGACGACGGCGUCUCUGCCGGCUCCUACGAGACCGGAGUUUACGGACUGGCUGACAUCGUCUUUCACAAGGACACGCUGUUGGUCAUUCCCCGCCAUGUUGGAUUCCCGUGCGGCCUGGUGCGAGAGAUCAGGUUCGUCGGUCUGCCCUCGCAGCCUCCUGAAAUGGCAAACCUGGAUGGUUUACCGGUCACCCUCAUUACCCACCAGAACCAGACCGUGAUAACGAACCUGGGUCUGCCCCUGGACAAGACAAGCAAGCUGGUUCUCCAGUGGCGAAACCUGCCCGUCGGCUUGUAUCCGGCGGCCGACAACGGCGGCAGAGUCACACGCGUAGCGCCGGCUGCACACAGUAUUUCGAGUGACCCGAUCCCGACACCCGUCUCUGGUGCCUCUACUCCGAGUCUCUGAACAACGACUGGGGCGCGGCACUGCCGGAGAACCUUAGCGGGGUUCACGAAUGCGUGCAUAUGCGUGAAGUGAACGCGUUCUUCUCCGGCCAUAUUACGGUCGUGUCCACGACAAUAAACUUUGUUC